GUACCAAGUAAAUAAUUUUAAAGCCAUUAAUUCCAAAUAUUUACGUGCUUUUCUAGCUAAUUUUGAUUGCUACAUAAGCACAUAUUGUAUAUUUAAAAAAAUAAAUGUAGCAAAUUAUUAAAACAUUGCCAAAUUAUAUUUAGGCCACACCAUGGUACUACGGACCGCAUUUGAACCGACCUUUAAACUACAUUUCUUGCGUUGAUUAUUAAAAAUAUGAUUUUCUGUAAAAUAUUGUUUUUUUAAAGGAAGGUUCUGGAAGCACGUCGUGUAGUCUUACCGAGCGGGCAACAAGCUUCAUGCUGCUCCGGCUUGCUCGGGUCAGGUAGCGGUAGCACUAACGAUACUACUCAUUAAGGGAUUGUUAAGGAAGGAAUUAAAUCAAUAAACAAUAUGAACCAAAAUAAAAAUAAUGGAAAUAGGAGUCGGAUUGGGUCAAGCGAAUACGAAUUAGUAAAUUAGUAGCGACGUCAAUAUUUGUCCAGAAAAAUUUUGAUGCUUACUGUAUUUAGCUGCACUCUGUUGCUAUUAGCAUUUUAACUUUUACAAAUGUAUCGUGAAUUGUGAAGUAGCCAUGAAAUACUACUGUGAUAUUUAUGUGGAUCCGCUUUCAUUUUCAUUUAUAAAUUAAAUUAAAACGCAUGAAAACUAUAACGAAACGAAAUGUUAUAGCGUCGUUAAAAAAUAACCGCUACUUGAAUAUGGCGUUAUGUAUUGUACUGGCAACAUCUUUGUUCGCGCAUGUCAAAAACAUCGCAUCAAUUUAUUAAUCACGGUCGCGUCGGUUCGGUCGACAUUUUUGUGGUAGACAACAAUGAAAACCGGUUUUAUGUCUUAAAAUAGGGAUACAUUUAAGUUAAAUACGCGAAAAGUGUGUAUUAAAAUGACAGGAACAAUAAUAGAAAACCUAAGCGGUCGAAAACUUGCCGUAUUAGUUACGUUUCUUUUGUUAUGUCAAGUUACAUCUUUUCUCAUCGGAGGUUUAAUCGCACCCACGCCAGCUAGUGUUCAGAAUAUUCUCGGUACAGUAUGCAAGGACACGACUACGAUGAAAAACGAUACGAAAACGUGGUUUUACAACCGCGGCAAAGGUUCGUGUAAGUCGAUCGAACUCGGCGACAUGCAUCAAGACUUGUCGGAGACAGAUGUUGUUUUUGCAUUCCAAAUGCCAGUUCCUCGCGACAGCAGAACAUUAGAUUUCUCCAGAUGGCAACAGAAUUUAAUCGGUGUCCUACUAGUAGAUUUAAAGUACCAUUCGCAAAUGGAAGUGAAGCCCAGAAGUACUAUUACGAUCGAUGCGCGGCUCGCUUAUAAAAACAAAGGCGAUGCGGACGACGGGUGGAAACUUUACACACAAUCGGUAGAAAAACGACAUUUGGACUGUGACAUUGAAUUGAAAACUGAAGAAUAUUUGUAUAAUUGCUCAGCUAUUCCACUAUUUGAACUAGGUUCAUUGCACCAUGACUUUUAUUUACUCAAUAUUAGACUGCCAGUGGACACGCCAAGCAUGAAUACCAACAUAGGGCACAUACAAGAUAUCUGGCUUACUGUAAUAAAUCAAAAUGGAGGUUUUACUAAAGUAUGGUUAUCAUUAAAAACCAUAUUCUUCCCAUGUAUCAUUGGAAUAUUGACAUGGUUUUGGAAUCGCAUACAUAUGUUACAAAGAAAGCCUGUAUUAUUAGAGAAAAUGCUUUUAUGUCUUGGUAUUGCAUUGUGUUUUCUCAAUAUGCCAUUUGAAUAUUUAACACUCCAUUUUGAUCUUCCAUUCAUGUUGCUUUUAGGCGAUAUUAAGCAAGGAGUUUUUUAUGCAACAUUAUUUUCAUUCUGGCUGGUAUUUGCCGGUGAGCACAUGUUAAUACAAGAUACAUCAGCACAAAGCUCUCUGCAAAAGUAUUGGAGACAUUUGAGCGCAGUUGCAAUGGGUUGUAUCUCAUUGUUCAUAUUUGAUAUGUGCGAAAGAGGUGUACAGUUAAGAAACCCAUUCUACUCCAUCUGGGUGACUGAUAUUGGAACUAACCUGGCUUUGACUUUCAUAAUACUUGCUGGGAUAUCAACUGGAGUUUAUUUUCUAUUUUUAUGCUACAUGGUUUGGCAGGUUUUCAUUAAUAUAUCUCAGAAACGUCAAUCACUACCGACAAUGUGCAGCGUUAGGCGUUUGCACUAUGAGGGGAUAAUAUACAGAUUCAAAUUUUUGAUGUUGGCAACUUUACUCUGCGCUGCGUUGACUGUGAUCGGUUUUAUACUGGGACAAGUUGCUGAAGGCCAAUGGAAGUGGGAUGAGAGCAUUGAGCUCGAAUAUACUUCAGCGUUCUUCACUGGAGUGUACGGAAUGUGGAAUAUUUACAUCUUUGCCCUACUUGUACUGUAUGCACCGAGUCACAAGCAUUGGCCAGUCAAUGUGAAUACUUCGGAUACUCAGAAUUUGAGCGAGGAGAUUGAGUUUAGUCCCUUGCCGAGUGAACAUAAUAGUGAGAUUUCAUCACUCACAUCUUUUAUUAGAAAGACAACUGUCGAUUGAAUUCAACUUUUGGCUUUUCUUGCCUUUAAGCGAUAUUAACCAGUAUUAUGUAAGGUCUUAACGUUUUUGAAUUUCUAUAUUUAAUCUUUAGGCUUGUAGCUUAUUCAAGCAAACUAAUGAAUUUUAUGAAUCUCAUUUUGUACUAGAAUAGAAUGUAGUAUUUUAAUAUUUCAGAAUUCUCAAUAAACUUAAUAUUUAUCUUAAUUUAAUCUUUCGAAACGAUUUUAAACAUUUGUAUUGCGACUUAACAACUUCUGUGAUAAAAUCAAAUGAAAAAAAUUGCAUUUUCAACAGUAUUUUUAGAUUUAAGAAUUUAGAUGUUGCCAGUUUUUGUAUUAGUGUUUACCGAUGUAAUCUGUAGUAAUAAAACGUUAAAAACUU